UCAUGUUAUUUGUAGAUGAUUGUGUGGAACCAGUUGGAUGAUUGUAUGGACUGUAGGCUACAAUGCUGUUUUCUCAAAGAAAAAAACUGAAGGUGACGCUACUGUAUCUAUUCGUACUCUGCUCAGCCCAGCAUUCAGCUCAGCCUGAGACUUCCCAGGUGAAAGGCAUCGUGGGAAAGUCUCUCUCUUUUCCAGAGAAGGUGUUGAAGUCUGGCAAUUUACUUCAUGGAGACCUUGGCAAUAUUGCACUCGUGUACCCUGGUGAACAAACUCUUACCUACCUUGUGAAGAUAUUUAAAAACCGCCUUCACUGGAACAAUGUUACUGGAUUCUUCACUUUGUCAGACCUACAAAUGGAUGAUUCUGGGGUUUAUACUGUGGAGAAUACAGAUGAAGGGAAGACAACACAUACAUUUCACCUGACUGUGUACUAUGUUCUGUCCAAACCUCAGGUGACGGUCCAUGACAACAUCUCCUGUAGCGUGGUGUGUUCUGUGGAGAACGGGAGAGAGGUGACCCUGUCCUGGUACAGAGGAGGGGAGAUACUCAACCAGACCAGCAGCCCUGACCUCAACAUCACCCUCUCUCUACCUCUCAAGGUGGAUGUACAGACCAGAGACUCUUACAGAUGUGAGGCUGCCAACCCAGUCAGCAAGGAGACAGCUGUUGUUCCAAAUCCCUGUAUAGAGAGUGAUCCCUCCAAGGUGGCAGAUGGUGAUGAGAGGACUCGAGGUUGUCUUAUUAUUGCUGUAAUCUGUGUUCUGGUUGCCUCAGGACUUGUUGGACUUGCAAUAUAUCUUAAGAGGAGAAACGGACACUCACAUACAGGAGGAGCGAACAGGUAUACAAGGACUGGAGUCACUUAGAGACAACCCUAACCUGACAGUUUAUGAUACACUCCAGUUACAUCGCAUGGCUGUCAGCGAGGAUGUUGACACUGCAUGAAGGAGCAAAACAGGAAGGUUCUGAGAGGGUGACAUGAUAAUUCACAUCCAAGAGAAGAACGUGGACAUUGAGACAGAAUUAUAGUAAAUAUUAGUUUAGGAAACCUAAUGGAGUCACAGUUGUUAUUGGAGAAAAUUCCCAUUUAACCAUUGCGCUAUCAUUUCAAACUUCCUGUGUCAUUCUCACAGUCUUUUGUUGAAUUGGGGCCUCGAUGAGAUUCACUGAUGCAGACAAAUUCAAUAGCUAUGCAAAGGGUUAUUAGUAGGAUGAUCCCUUUUUUCAAGUGCCCAUUGUCCCAAUAUAUAGGUUAAAACAAAUGGAACCUCUUAAUACAAUUCACUAGUGUGUUUGCUAUGCUAUUACUGGGCCAAAGCUUCUUUUCAGUAUUGUCUGUUCUGUUGUUUAACAUGUAGGUGCCUCUCCUGUAUCUUUUAGUAGCUUGUCAUUGUUUAGCUUGCCAGUAAAUAGCAGCGGUGUAUAUAAAAAGCAGAUGUUUGGUGAGAUAAAGGCUGUUAGGCAACGUUGGAAACAAAAAGUCCACAAGAUUAUAUUUUCACCAUGUAGAUUCUAUUGAAACAUUUUUGAGUGGUCGAUCUUGAUUUGCAUUUUGACUCAGAAAAUGAUCUUUGGUGACAUUUUUCUCUUAUUGCUUUUCACAAAAUGCAGACGUGCUUAAGUGUAGUUCAGAUCUCGCUUUGACUACAACUGUGUUCAUGCAGUUUUAAUGUACGAA